AUGGUGACAGUCAAAGUGGAAGUGGCUCCUCUGGCUCCUCUGGUUCUGGUUCAUCGGGUUCAUCUGGCUCUGGCUCUGGCUCUGGCUCUGGCUCUGGCUCUGGCUCUGGCUCAUCUGGCUCAGGAUCAGGAUCAGGAUCAGGAUCAGGAUCAGGAUCAGGAUCAGGAUCAGGAUCAGGUUCAGGUUCAGGUUCGUCAGGUUCAGGUUCGUCAGGAUCAGGUUCAUCAGGAUCAGGGUCUGGAUCUAACGGAUCGGGUCAAGGAGGUAGCUCUGGUAACGGAGACUCUAACGGCAACGAUGACGAUGAAACUGGAAGCGGCGGCGUGCAAGGCAACGGAUCUGGAUCGCAAGGUGAUGACGGCGAAGGUGAUACCGACGGUGAUUCAUCUGGAAACGGCGUAUCGUCAGGCUCAGGCAGUGCGAAUACCAAUGGAAAAGGCAGCCAACCAGGAGCCAACCCAGACGGUAGCUCCGACGGUACUUCUGGUAGUGGCGACUCAGGCGGCUCAAAAGGCGGUAAUGGAGGAGGCGCUGGAAGUGGCAAUGGUAGAAGCAGCACAAAGUCUGCUGGAACGUCUAAAAACACCAAAGGCGCCUCCAACGACGACUCUGACGAUGAUGAUGGCGACUCGCUCAAUGAAGGUACCCUGGGUGGGGGUGGUCGUCCAGGGGGUGAUGGUAAUGCGAAUGAUAAGUCAAGCCGCUCAUCAGGUCGCAAGUCAAGCACUUCAAAACGUUCAACCUCAACUAAAUCACCAGUCGUGGUGA